AUGGAAGAACGAGAAUUGGUUUGUGUUUUUUCUUCACGAGUAGCCGAGACAGUAAAUCAAAUCAAAAGCUGUGGUGACACAAUUACAGAUAAAAGAGUCGUGGAGAAAAUGUUAAGAUGCCUUCCUCCAAAGUUUGACCAUGUUGCAGCCGCAAUUGAAGAAUCGAAAGACUUGUCCAAAAUGACCAUUUAUGAGUUAACCGGGUCACUUCUUGCCCAUGAGCAAAGGAUCAAUCGUUCGAGUAAUCAAUCCACUACCGAACAAGCUUUCCAAUCAAAGCAAACAUCAAAAGGAGGAUCGAACAACUAUGGAGAACACAACAGAGGCUCAAAUCAAACAAAACAAAAAGAUAGCUAUUGGAAGAAGGGUGACAAGCAAAGCAAAUGGAAAGGCAAGCAAACACAAAUUUCUGGUGGUAACAAUCCAACUUGCAUAAUUUGCAAAAAAAUGAAUCAUGAAUCAAAGGAGUGCUACUUUAGAUGCAAAAGGUGCAAGAUCCCCAAUCAUUCUCAAAGGGAUUGUUGGUUUCAAAAUAAAGAGAUGACAGAAAGAAAAAGUGCAGCAAACUUUUCUCAAGAGAAUGAAAAGGAAAUUCUGUUUUAUUCUCAAAAUUAUGAAAAUGGAGCUCAAAGCCCUUGGUAUUGGGAUAGCGGUUGUAGCAAUCACAUGACGGGAAAUCGCGACAUCUUUGUGGACCUUAAUCCAAAUAUUACUUCACAAGUAAUUCUUAGCGAUGGAACAUGUAGAGAUGCGGUAGGAAAAGACACCAUUGCUGUCCAAAUUAAAGAAGGUAACAAGAAACUCAUCACAGAUGUUCUUUAUGUUUCCAAUCUUUCUCAUAAUCUCCUAAGUGUUGGACAACUUAUUCAAAGUGACUUCUCUAUCCACUUUGAUGAUGGUGCAUGCAAGAGACGAAGAUUUGGCGUAUUUGUGGCAUUUACGAUAUGGUCAUCUUCAUGA